AUCAAGGAGCAGCUUCUAGUUCUGUUGAAGAUCAAUAAAACUGCAACAUGGAAGUCUGGAAACCUCCAAUCCUUGUGUGCAAAAAAAAAACCUUAAUUGUCCUGUGUGAAGACUUUACGCUCUUUAGUGAUACUAGAUCAGUUAGAAGAUACUGAUUUAAACAUUUCCACGUCCUUGAAGCUUGAAACUAGGACGUCAACGGAGGAGGGGAUUCAACUCAGCUGGGUCCCGGUUGGGAGGAUCCUCUCGUGGACCUCUACCCAGCAUGCAGCAGGUCCUGGACGGGCAGUCCUGGUCAGCAGCGGUGUUCCUGGCUCUGCUUCAGCCAGGAAGGGUUUGUGCUUGGAGGUAGAGACCUGGGGUAACUGAGGGAGACCAUCUCGAACUCUGUCCACCAUGUCUCUGUCCGUUCGGCCGGUCAGACGAAUCCCCUCCAGAUCCAUCACUAGGAGCCAGAGCUUCACUGGAGUCAACAUCCAGGACAAGCCGUACAGGAACUUCUCAGUGUUCAGCACUCCUGGUCUCAGCAGGAGGUCCAGCAGAGCAAGUAGGAUGUUCACCAUGCCCACCAAAUCUAACUCCCCACCUAAAGUUCCUCAGCCAGAGCGCUUGGAUCAGGUCUACGAAGCUCUGAAGAAAGGCCUAGAGUCGCACCUUCAAGUCCAUCAGAUGGACCUGGACAGCUUCAGCAGACAGAUCAAGGACUCCAAGAGGAACUCCAGACUGGGUUUCCUGUACGAUUUAGACAAGCAAGUGAAGGUGAUUGAGAGGUACAUCAGACGCCUGGAGUUUCAUCUCAGCAAGAUUGAGGAGCUCUACGAAGCCUAUUGCCUCCAGAGGAGACUGAGAGAUGGAGCCAGCAAGAUGGUGAAGGCUUACACCUCCUCUUCAGGAAGCAAGGAGGCAAGGGAGAGUCUGGCAGAGGCCAACAAGGGCUACAAGGAGUACACAGAGAACAUGUGUACUCUGGAGGGUGAACUGGAGAACCAGCUAGGAGAGUUCCACAUUAAGAUGAAAGGUCUUGCUGGAUUUGCCAGAUUGUGUGCUGGAGAUCAGUAUGAGGUGUUCAUGAAGUACGGUCGGCAGCGCUGGAAGCUGCGGGGGAGGAUGGAGCUCAAUGCCAAGCAGGUGUGGGACAGCGAGGAGAUGGUGUUCGUCCCGCUCGUCAGUGACUUCCUGUCAGUGAAGGUAACAGAGCUGAAGAGCUUAGCCAAUCACGUGGUCAUAGGGAACGUUUCCUGUGAAACGAAGGACCUGUUUGCUGCACUUCCUCAGACGGUUGCUGUGGACAUCAACGAUCUUGGAACCAUCAAACUGAGCCUGGAGGUCACCUGGAAUCCAUUUGAUAAAGAUGACCUGAGCUCACUGGCGAGCACCGUCAACAAGGCGCCAUCUGUCAGCAAGAGAUUCUCCACCAUCCUCAACCAGAGUCCGCCUGACACACCGUCUCUACGAGAACAAGCCUUCUACUCUCUGCCUCGGAAUCUAACCAGACGGCAGCACUGGCCGAUGCUGACCAUCUUCAGAGGUACGCUGAGCCACAGCUGCCCCUGCAGUGACAUCUCUCCAGGACCGCCGUCAGCAAACAUGAUUCUUCGGCGACAAGAGUUGGAGAACGGGACAGCUUGGUCCAACUCUUCAGAAUCGUCCGAUGACUCGUCCAGUCCUCAACUUUCUGCUCAGGGAAUGCGAAGCUCUCCGGUCCAGAAGGCGGUCCUGGUGACUCCAGAGACAGAGGAAGCAACAGGAAGUCCCUCCCCACAGUCCGACGGACACUCUUCUACUCCAAACGGCGGUCAGAGUGUUUGCACUGCCACUGAGCCCACCAACGUCAUCAGACGCACACAAAACAGCAGGGAGGAGGAGGAGGUCGAGGCUGUGAAGAUAAAGCCCAGCAGUGAUGGGGAGGUGGCGAUCGGCGGCUCAGGGGUGUUCUCUCGCUCUUUGAGCCACAUCAGUGAAAGCAGCGCUGACGGAGUCGUGUUGACAGAUCGCUCAGAGUCAGGAGAGGCAGUGUCCUCACCCUCUGAGGUGUCCAUCAACGACAUCGUCAUGGAGAUGCCUAUCAAGAGCCCGGAGCCCCCCAGUCGGGUUGUUGCGGAGGAGGUUUUGUUGUCUACCACUGCCACCAAUCAGACCCCACCUGAGUUUCCAGAGGCCACCCCCUCCCCCACAGUCUGUCCCUCCAAGGCCAAGGCACAGGAGCCUCUGGUACAAACGAAUCUGGACCUGCCCCUCGUACAGAGCAAGGAUGAGACGUACGUGGCUCGGCGGGUGGCAGUGGAGGAGGAGCUGCCAGCGAUGGGCGGAGCUGUAGAGGACAGUGGGGUGGAGGAUGCUCUAGGGGGACUGCUGUCCUCUAUGGAUGACUAUAGAGGACAGUUCCCUGAGUUACAGCUGCUGGAGCAGGAGCUGAGGCUGCUGCAGGUCACGCUCAAGGGUGGCGGGCGAAGCCCCUCUCCCAGCGUGGUGAGCCUCACUGUGGAAACAGCUCUGGGUAGCUUUGACUUCCUGGACACGUCAGACUGGGAGGAAGAUGAUGAGGAGAGGAGUGGCAGGAGGAGCAGAAAUAGCAGGCUUCAUCAGGACCAGACUGGGCCCGGGCUAUCCUCCCCUCCAUCCCCCCUCACCACGGGCUGCCCAGCUCUGGACUGCUCCCUGGUGGUCCACCUGAGGAACUGCAGCACUCAGCUAUUGCGUCUGGGCAUGUUCGGUCCUCUGCGGUGUGGAGAGAUGUACGCUUUAGACAGACUGCUGAGGGAGGCUGGAGUCCUCCAGAUCAUCCGCCGACUCGACAACCCGCAGCGCCCCAGACACCCAGAAGAAGUGAUCCCACCGCUGGGCCAGUGUGCGGGCGCUGCGCUGCUAUGGCAACAGUGUGUGGGACAGGGUAGCAUCUACUACGUCUCUGCUGACAGCUUCCUGCUUGCCCUGUCUGAGGUCUACUGCAACCUGCUACAGGACCAUGCCAGCUCAGUGUUCCUGUGCCUGACUGAGAGAGUCUUGGAUCAGAGGUUACCACGGCGUGACAGCGGUCGAGAUGGCGUUACAGUGACGUUGUUCCAGCUAUGGAGCUACCUGGAGUCUCACAGCAUCAGUGACGUGGAGACGCACCUGACCCAGCUGGCAGAAGAGGUGUGGCUAGUGCAGAGACUGGAGUCAUGUGACCAGGAGGUGAUCGUAAACGCGCUACGGCGGCCUGCAGAGUGCAGUCUGAGGAGGGAGGGGCUUCACGCCGUCGCCAGGUUACUGAAAGACCCUCGAGGGAAAGUGUCGGCGUCAGCCAGCUCGGUGCUGAGAGGACUGGCUGCUCAACCCCAACAGAGGGAGCAGGCGUUGGUGACCUGUCUGGAGCUGCUGGAGGACGACAGUGUGGACACCCGCGUGUGUGGAUGUAAAGCCUUGGCGUGUCUGAAGGCCAAAGAAAGCAUCGAUCAGUUGGUGUAUCUGUGUCGGACGGACAAAGAGGAAGUCAGAGAUGCCGCCAAACAAGCGCUGCUGGUGCUGGGUGAAGAAGGGAAGAUGGCCCACAGACAUGUGGAGAUCUCUCAGGACAGCUUACCCAGGCUCUUCGCUCCAGGAAGUAUGGCCAGCACCGCCUUCUAACACCAAACCCAACCACACAGGUUCCCAGUACCUGUCCUGACCUGACCGAACCAGCAGCUCAGAUUUACUGAACCACCGUGACCCGUCAGUCACAACAACCCCAACGUUACACAGCAGCUUCCAGUUGGGUUUUGAGUCAUUCAGAGCUUCAUUGGACGGGUGCAGACUCACCUGAGAACCUCAGGUGGUCUCGCUGUGUCUUCACCACAUCUACCGAAGCGUCCAGAGCAGACGACGGAUCAAAAAAGGUCCAAAGAGAGUUAUUUUUUAUCUUUUAUAAGCUGUGUUUGAAACUGUGGUUUUGACUGCUGACUGUUGGACGUUAGGAGUUCUGGUCUGGACGGACUCGGUGGUCAGCAGUCAGCUUUAUGAACCGUGCGGUUCUGCAUGGACAGACCUGCUGAAGUUUACCACCUUAUGCUGGUCACAGCUGUGCUUCGGCCAUUUUUAAGACAGUUCUGGGGCCAAAUCACCAAACCGAAGCCAGGCUUUAACCAGAGCCAAAAAGCAGGACUUGUGAGAGACUUUUCAUCCUGCUGCCUCCCAACGAAUCUGCCUUAAAUCUUCAGUCUUCAACAGCCAUCGUUUAUCAGUGCUGUUGCUGGAAAGUCAAGAGAAGUGCUGUUCUUGGAGAGGAACUCCAGCAUGCUCCGCAACACAUGACGGGCCACAGGAACUUUUCUUCUGACGGAGCAGAUCUUUGAUGUGUUCAUGGUAUUGGAGCAACAACUAGGACACUGUUAAUGCUGCGGCACCGCUGAGCCAAAGAAACAAGACGCUGGCGUUAGAAGAGAAGGAAGCUGCUACAAAAUAUUAACUACAGUCAUCUGCAAAAGUAAACGUCCUUCUGAUCCUGGUUUUUGACGUGAAAACAUAAUCAAAAAUCCUCUGGUUUUUGGUCUGACAGUCAACCUGCACAAGAACAUGGUUUAGUUGGCACCUCUGCGCCCACGAUGGGAACAGAAGAGGUCCCCCUCAUUUCCCCGUGAGCUGAGAAGAGCAGUAGAUCUUCUAGUUGUAGAAGAGAAGAAGAUCUUCUAGUUGUAGAAGAGAAGAUCUAUGAGAACCUGAGUUAGAAAACCUGAGAUGUUGCUUUCCUGCCUCUCCUCCUCAGCCUCAUCUCUUUUCUUCCUUGGUCAGUUCUUUCUCUACCCCUGCUGCAAACACCGGUUCACUUUUAGUUCCCAUUCAGACCGUAGACCAAUCACAGGAUCAGAACCAACCCCCUGUGACAUCACACACAGGUUUCUGAAGACGACCUCAUCUUCCUCGUACUCACGUCACCAUAUUAGUAGGAACUGACUCAGGUCAAACACAUGAGAAAAGCAGACCUGGAAUCUGUGGACCAUGCCCACCUCAACUCGGCUUACAGACACCUAUGAUCCUGACUGAAGUCAACUUACAUUACGUUUUCAACCCAUAUGACGCCUGAAAUUAGGACAGGAGGAGCUGAAACUGAAACUAGUAGAGCCAAAACCAGGACUUGUAGAACCAAAACCAGGACUAUCAGAGCUGAAAUCGAGACUAUCAAAGCUGACAGAGGGACUAACAGAAUUGAAACCGGGACUAGUAGAGCUAAAACUGGGACUAUCAGAGCUGACACCGGGACUAGUAGUGCUGAAACUGGGGCUAGUAAAGCUGAAACCAGGACUAUCAGAGCUGAACUCGCCGUUGUUCGUCACCCACAAUAAGCCGAGGCCCUCUAGCAGCAGGUUUCCCAACAUCCUGGAUAAACACAUGACCCGUACCCAUAAACUUGGAAGGGUCUUGAAAUGAUCUAAAGCAUUCAAGCUCUGAUAAAGUGAACCGCGUCCGCCGGGGACGCUGAAGUGCGUGUUAGUUCCCCCAUGACUUCAGCACCCACACCCUGGGUGGGGUUGGUGAAAGGGCCUUUCUGUGUGGAGUUUGCAUGUUCUCCCCGUGUUCCCCUGGGUAGCUAGUGGGAGCUACCCUCACAAAAACAUGCAACAGUCCUGGGCUAUACAUUCCCAUCUGGCCAGUCGGGGCGCCAGAUGGGGUGGGGAGGAUCCGGCUGGAAUAACCUGAUCCUUCCACGCGCUACGUGCGGCCGAAGAAACCCCACCCUGUCUAGUGAAAAGAUGCGGCCUGCUCACUCCUCAGGAUAGGGAGGAGACCUGAGCUCAGUGCAGGGCCCUCCCGGGGUUGGUAGAGGAUGGCAAUGCCCAGGACUGACUUAGGUAGGAGCACGGGGUGAUAUAAUGGGGAAAAAAUCGGGGAUAAAAAUAUUUAAAAAAAAAAAAAGGUGAUCUGCGUCCAGGCUCUGUGCCAACCAUUCUAAACCCUCCCAGAACCUUCCAGGACAACUCUGACUGUUGAGCAGUUAAUAAAACAACAAGCCAUAUGAUCGUUAAAACAAAAAUUAUCAUGUUCUGUUAGAUCCUUAUUUACAGCUCAGAAGUUGAAAAAAGUGAAGACCCUGGUGGUCGGUAGAGGAACUGCAGGUAUGCAUCCAGACCUCAGUGGUCGGUAGAGGAACCGCAGGGCUGGAUCCAGACCCUAGUGGUCGGUAGAGGAACUUCAGGGCUCGAUCCAGACCUCAGUGGUCAGUAGAGGAACCACAGGAUGCUUCGCUGCCUCAUUAGGGGAAGUGGGUGUGGCCCCGUGGUUGAAGGUGCUUCUAGGGCUUGGAUUGUGUUUCGGUGACGCAGGUUUUGUUAUUGGAAAUUUAUUCCAGUGAACAAUCUUACUGGAUAGCAGUUGUGGGCCGUUCCAGGCUAUUCCAGGCUGUUCCAGGCUGUUCCAGGUCGUUCCAGGCAGCUCCGGCCUGCUUUCGCUGUGUAACCAAAACAAAGCUGUUAGACCUUUCCUCUUCUCCUCACGUCUGUCGAUCCCAGUUGUAAACCAGAUGGAGAUUCCUGCUGGACAAUGUGCCAACAUUGUUUGGUUCUCUCACGACUGAAUCUGCAGUUUUAUGCAGUCCCUAAUCAGGAUCAAGUUGUUGGAGGUGAGGGUUGAUGGGAAGUCACGCUGCACAGGUUGAGAUUAGUCUGGAAUCGUGGAGGGAUGUGGGGAAAGUGGCUGCUACCAUAUUUACUGCCGUCUGCUCAGGACGGGAACGCUUUUUUGUUUUCCAGUUCUUUUUAGUGCCUUGAUGAUGCAGACUUCAGAGAUGAGCAUCCUUAUUUCAGGAUGGACACGCCAGUGCAGCACAUGUAUAGAUAUUUUUUCACAAGCUUUAUAAAUUGUGCAUCACUGGAUAUAAAAUGUUUGUAUUGUCAAAUGUAUACAAAUUAUUAAACAUUUAUUCAGA